CCGUUUCGGUGCGCGCGUGCCGCCGCUUGACGUCAGCGCGGCAGAGCGUUUAGUAGUUUCCAGCAGCAGCAGCAGCACAAAGGGAGCGAGCACGGACCCGCGGCCAUGGGGAUCAAACUCUACUACACCACCGUCACCGCUUCCAGGACGGUGAAGUCCCAGCAGUCGGAGAUAAUGCGCAUCCUGGACAGUAAAAGCAUCGAGUACAAGCUGAUCGACAUCUCGCUGGGCGGCGAGCUCCGGGACGAGAUGAGGAGCAAAGCCGGGGACCCCACCCUGGUCCCGCCUCAGCUCUUCAACGAGGACCAGUACUGCGGGAACUAUGAGAUGUUUGCCGACGCGGUGGAAGCAGACACAGUGGAACAGUUUCUGAAGCUGGCAUGAAGAGGACCGAGUCUAACUCUCCAUCUGAGCCCCCCCUCCUCCACCUCCACCUCCACCUCUCCCACCUGACACAUCCUCACCCAGCCUCCGCCCUGCUGGAGGGUCCUUUAUCCAAACCCCACCUCCCUCUUCUCUCUGUAUCUUUGCACCACUGGCAGUGUCCUCACACUUUCAAUGCCACGAUGAAGAAAUGCCAAAAAAAAAAAGAAGUCCUGAAUCAGAACACACACACUCUCUCUCUCUCUGCAUCAUUCCUCCACUCAGUCUUAAUCUGUUUUUCCCAUGUCUUCUCUGUAUUUUACCUCUCAUCUCCAGUGCGACCGAGUCCCGGAGGAAUCAGCGGGGUGUCUGUAAUUUCAGCUAAUUAGGUCGGCUCAUCUGAUUAGAUCACCCCAGAUUAGAUUAAUCCACCCAAAACUCCUCCCGACCCCCCUCCACCACCACCAUCACCACCAUCAUCAGUCUGAACUACUGUUUUUAUUUUGAUUCCUGUAGCCUUCCGGUUCCCAUGUCGUACGCGAGGGAUGCACACACGCGCACACACACACACACACACACAUACACACGUAGCAAAAUCUGCAGCAGGAUGCUCGGUUCUGAUUUGGUCAAGAAUUUGUUUCGGCGCGUUUUUAGGGGCUACCAGGAACCGAAAAGCUUAUAAAUCCAUCUUUACGCUCUCAGACUAAAAGACACUCGCUAGUAAAAGUAACUAUUUAAAUAAAAAGUUACUCUCUUCCAAACACAUAUAAGGGAAUCUGUUUUACUCCCAGACUGAACCGUUCAUUCACAAUCUACCGCUUUUCUACACUCAAAUGGCCAGUUUUUUUUUUUGUUUGUUUUUUUUGAGGGCUUGUAUUUUUCCCCGAGGCUGGGGUCAAAUUACACAUCUAAGCUUUUAAGAAAAUGUUGUAUAAAAACUGGAUUUUUUGAACCAAAUGAGAUGAAAUAUUCAGAUGCUGUUCACGAGCUUGUGAUGAACCGAGGUUCCCGCUUCGGUUGUUGACAGAUCAGAACGAACAGUUUUCAAAAUGUCACACUUGGUGCCAAUAGACACGCUUCUUCUCAGUGUUAGCGCUCACUCUCUGUCUUCUAGAAACUCAGACCAGCUCGUUUCCACCGGCUAAUGACUGACGGGGUUGGAAAAAAAAAAAAAAACCCCAACAAAAAACCAAAACCGGACAUGCCAAAUAGAAGGUAUCUCACAGUAUAUAUAUAUCGUGUGUUUGAGAGCGUCUGCAUCAGGACGCUCGUUCAACUGAAACAAAGAUGGAGGCCGCUGCUAUCUGGAGUGAAUCGACUCUGUUUUAGGGAACAAUCACCACAUGGGAGAACUGAAGGAUUCCACUGACUCGUGCUUUGUUUUCAUAUCUGCAUUCAUUCCAAUGACUGAUGUACUCUGAAGGAUUAUGUUUAUGUAGUUUUCUUUUUUUUUUUAAUGUUGCAAAUGAGAACAGCACCGUUCCCUUUCCCGCCUCCCCGUCGUUAUUGUGUGGUUAUGGUUUGGAACACAACCUACACACACACACACACACACUUAAGAUGUUCGUACACUGUUUUGUAAGUGUCGAUGGUUGUUCUGCCUGUUCAUGAUGUAUUCUCCACGAUGAUCCAUGGUUUAGACAUUCCACGUUUUCUCUCUGUGAAGCUCCUGUUUUUUUUGUUUUUUUUUUUGCUUUUGGACCAAUUGCCUUUUGGCCAAAAAAAAAACAAGAAUGAAAGAAAAAAAUAGGGAAUUAAAUGCUGUUGUCUUCCAAGAAGAUUGUGAAAAGUGAUUUAUGGAUUUAAAAGAAGUAAAUAAAAGUGGAGUUGGAAUC